AUGUCGUCUAAAGACGAGAUCCUACAAGGAUUGGAUAAUGUUGGGUUUGAAAAGGAGCAUCUGGAAAGAGAGAUAAAGGCUGCCGAGGAUUAUACAAAGCACAUAACGCAGCAGAAGAUGGCCAAGCAGGCGAUCGUAUACGGGUCCUACGACCAAGCCACAAAGGACGCGGCCCAGAAGGAAUAUGACUAUUAUUGCGACAUUCUGUCUGAUCUCCUCGAUAAGGCACUAGACCGGGAACGAAGAAUGCAGGAGCUGAGGGACGAAGAGAGAAGGCUUUCCAUGCUGUUACACGAUAGGUAG